UAACCUGCACUCUCAGCUGGGGGCUGCCCUCCUUUUGUCUCUUUUUCUUUUGGCUAAAUGGAUUGAACUUCACUGUACCAUAGGGACGGGAGCACCAGAAUCCACGUAGUUGUUUGAGUCUCUCCAGCAAACACACCCCAAACCUAAGGGGAGGGGGCAGGGUUGGGUUGGCCCUUCCUCUCAGGGAGGCUUUGCCUUAAUUUUCCUGCUGUUUGGAACCAUCCCAGCCCCACUGGAACGCUGCCCCCUCGCUGGGAGAGGGGCAGGGGAGGCACCUGGAGGAGGGCAGGGUGCAGGGCUGGGGCGUGGGAAGGGAUUUCGGGUGUUGGGGGUUGCAGAGGCUGACCCAGCUGGGCAGGAGGUGUGAUCUGAUCCCUGGUCUGGAAAGUGUGAUCCCAGGUCUGGCAGGUGUGAUCCCAGGUCUGGCAGGUGUGAUCCCUGAUCUGGAACGUCCAAUCCUAGAUCUGGCAGGUGUGAUCCUGGAUUUAGAAAGUCUGAUCCCAGGUCUGGCAGGUGUGAUCCCUGAUCUGGAACGUCCAAUCCUAGAUCUGGCAGGUGUGAUCCUGGAUUUAGAAAGUCUGAUCCCAAGUCUGGCAGGUGUGAUCCUGGAUCUGGAAAGUCUGACCCCUUACCUGGCAGGUGUGAUCCCUGAUCUGAAAAGUCUGAUCCUGGAUCUGGCAGGUGUGAUCCUGGAUCUGGCAGGUGUGAUCCCUUAUCUGGAAAGUCUGAUCCCAGAUCUGGCCCCUGAUCUGGCAGGUGUGAUCCCAUAUGUGGAAAGUCCAAUCCCAGAUCUGGCAGGUGUGAUCCCAGGUCUGGCAGGUCUGAUCCCAUAUUUGGAAAGUCUGAUCCCCGAUCUGGCCCCUGAUCUGGCAGGUGUGAUCCUGGAUCUGGCAGGUGUGAUCCCAGCUCUGCAGGCAGUUUGCAUUAGUCAGGUGUUUGCAUUAGAGCUUCAAGGUGAAGAAAUCGGCUGAGAUGAAAAAAAUCCCGGCAGGGCUGAGCUGCCUGGGCUCUGUCCCUGGCUCAGCUCACAGGGGACACAUCCAGGGCUGUGGGAGAGGGGGUGGGCAGUGUUUGAAACACCCUCGUGGCUGGUUUGGGGGCAGAGCCCCACCACAGGCGCCCCUGAGCUGGUUUGGCUGGAGGGGCUGGGCUGAAUUUGGGCAGAGGGACACGAGCAGAGGGGCUGGGCUUGGCCAGAGGGGAAUUUCUGUGUCCCUGCUCAGUUCUGCUCAGCGAGGCUGGGUCUGGCCAAGGGGGACGUGGGGUGGGAGCUGAAUUCAGCAGCAGGAGGAGCUCAGGACACAGCUCUGAUCCCAGACUUGGUGCUCACGAAGACCCCGCAGCAGCCAGGGAGAGGGAUUUGUGCUGGUGGAACUGAUACUGGAGGGAGAGAGGCAGGACUGGGAGUAACCACCCAGAAAGGGAUAAAAGCACCAGAGUGGAAUUUGAAGAAUGUCGAGGCAAACCUGUAUUUUGAAAAUGUUAGGCAUCCCAAGCUGGGAUUUCUUUUUUCUCCCUUUUUUUUUUCCCCUUCUUGUGUUUUCUUUGUCUAAAGCCUGGGGAAAGAAAAAAACAAAACCCCCGAACUAACACAAACAUCACGACAAAAAGCCCCAAAAACCUAACCCCCCACUGCUGCAGCCCUGCAGAACCCCCCAGGGGUGGCCCUGUCCCCUCCUGGUGCCCUGGAUCCCGUGCAGGGGGAAGUGUGGGCACACCUGUGCCAGGGCACACCUGUGCCAGGGCACCCCGAAACCUGCCCCAGUUUCAGCCCCAUUCUGGAAGCACAAGGGCCAAAGGAGAGGAGGCAGGAGCGAAGGAUGCCUGGGCAGGGAUUUUCUCCUGUGUGUUCCUGCUCACCGGGGUGUUCCCUGGGAAUCUGUGUCACCUGUGUCACUUUACUGGUGCUGCUUGGAGCGAGGUGUUCCUUCCCAGAGUGUUUGCCCAGGGUGUGCUGGAAUGUGUGCCUGCCCUCGGGUGGUUCCUGGAUCCUCCCGUGAGAAACAGGCUCUGGUGGCCCUGGGAAUGCUCCUGGCCACUCUCUGGGGAAGGGGCAAGGAAUGUGGUGGGGUUGGGACCUGCCCCUUGUCCCCACAGGGUCCUGCUCCGGGCUCCAGCACUUUUCCAGCCCCUGUGUGACCUGGCCAGGGCAGUGGCUGCACACCCACCUCUGGUGUCCUGCUGUCUGUCCCAGCCAUGUUGUAAAUAGAUACAAAUAUAUUAAAAUAUAUAUAAUUUUUUACAUGUUCACCUCUUCUGGAGUGCUGUGCUUGCUUUUUUAUUCAAACCCCAAAAGGGGAAAUAAAACCCGAAAGAGGAAAUGAAGGAUGCAAAGGGGCGGCGAUGCCUCGGGGCUGUCCCUGUGCUGGGGGGGGGACAGAGGGAGGGGACAGCCCCCAGCUGUGCCUGUCCCUGCUUUGUGCAGGAGGGAGAAGGGAUCAGACACAGGGUGAGGCCCAGCAGGACCAGUCCUGCCCAUGGAAUAUUCCCAUUCCACCCCAGAGCCGGGCGGGCAGUGCAGGGGCAGGGGGUGAUGCUGGCAGCCCCCUCCCCACCCCUCCCGGUGCUGGGGUGGGUGAGGGGAGUUCAGGGCCUCCCUCUGUGCCACGGGCCCCACCUGGGCUCACGGCAGAGACUGGGGGGCACAGGGGGGGUUUUAUCCUCUUGCCCUCAACACAAAUCCCUGCCCCACUCCUUGCUGCAGGGCAGGAGCUCCAGCUGCCCUCCCCCACAGGGACAUCCUCACUGUCCCACCGUGGCCACCUUUGUCCCCACUGUCACCCCUCGGGGUCUCCCCAGGUGCCUUCUGUCCCCAGGUGCAGGAGCAGGGCCACCCCUGCCUCGCCCACCUCAGUGUGGCCGUGUCCAGCCCCUGCUCUGUCCCCACUUUCGGCCACCCUGGAGGCUUCACCUCUGGAAUUUUCACCCUUUCCUCAGUCCCACAUUUCCCCUGGAGCUGGGCUGUAUCCCCAGGCUGGGCCAUGCUCCCAGGAAUCCUCCUGCUCUCCGAGGUCUCUGUGCUUUGGAUUCCUCAGGAGUGGGAAUUCCCCAGGUCCCCGGGGACCCGCAGGGACCCGCAGGGGACGAGCAGGGACCCGCAGGGACGCGCUGUUCCAGCUCGGGCCGUGUUUGUGCUAGAGCUUGGCACUGCCUCACAAAAAUGCGCUGGGCGCUGCCAGAGCUCCCUGUUAUUGCUCCUGGUGCCAAGAAUUCGCUUCCCGACAAGGACGCAUUCCUUGGGGCCGUGGGAAGGAUUUUGGGAGGGACGAGUUUCGUCUCGCUGGACCCCCCGUCAACCCUGGUUUGGGGGGGUGAAGGGACCCCCGGGGGGAUCCACAUCCCUGGGUUUGCUGGAUGUGGGACACGAGGGCUCCAGGACAUGGGGAUGGGGCCCUUUGCUCACCACAGCCUCUUCCCCUGCUCCAAACAGAGCACAGGGAUGCUCAGUAUGGGGACAGAGGCUUGGAUUAGUCACAGUUUGUCCCCAAAAAAGCUGACCAUGGAGGUGGCAGCUCUCAGUGCCUCCCUGGAGCAGAAAGAGCCCGUGGGAGGGGCUGUGCUCUCCCAACAUCUGCCCUUUCAUCCCCACCUCUGGGGCUCCCCACCCCGAGGCACCGGGCUCUCCUGCCACUGCUGGGAAGGGCAGGAUUUUUCUGGGUCCCCUUCGGUGUUGGGGGUUCAGCACAGAGCCUCCUGUGCCUGUGCUGGGAGGGGAAAGCAGCCCCCUGUCCUGUGUCCCUGUCCCAGUGUCUCUCUCUCGUCACAUCCCAGUUUGGUGAUGCCACCACGUCACAGGGGCUGGUGUCACUUCCCAGGUGAGUCCCACUCCACUGGGAACUUUGGUGGCCUUUGGUGGCACAGAGAGACCCCAGCACACGUUCCUGGGAAACUUUUGGGGUUAACUGUGAUUUCAGGGGCUCCAGACCCCAAGGGAAACCCCAUGUUUCCCCCCCUGCGGGUUAAAAUUAAGGAUUUAAAAGCCCAAUUCUUGAUUGAUUUAGAGGGAAAAAUUAAAGAGUGACUUGAGUAUGAAUUUCCAGUGUCUUGGGAGGCAUCAAAGGGCUCUGAGUCUCAGGUAGGAACAGCCCCAGCCCAGCCCUGCAGGACAACAGAACCUUUUCCCCCAUCCCCACCCCUCCAUCCUGGAUAUUCUGGGAGGUGGGGAUGGAGCAGAGCCCUGGAAAGGAGUCCAGCAAUGGGGUAUUGGAGACCUCCCAUCCUUCCUCACUGCCCCAGGGCAAACCCACCGAGUCUGAUCCACCUGCACAACCCCCUGAGGCUCUUCCCCGGCCAAGCUUUGCCCAAAAGAGGGCAGAUUUUAAAGGCAUCUU